UUAUUUUCAUCAUCACAGUCUGCGUUUCGAGGAUUUUACGUUUGAAAGAAUCCUUAAAGUCAUCAAGAUCAACUCUAUGGCGCCUUGCAAAACGGAAGGAUGUGAGAAACUAAGCUUUGUUGAUCAUAUUAUCCCUGUACUUCCUUCUGUUUUUACCAUUGCUCUAGAGUGGGAGAACAAUGAGACUGAAGAAGAGAUACUUGCUACCACUUCUGUUCUCGCUACUGAAAUUGAUAUUAGUAAGAUAUACAAAUACGAAGGUGAAUCACCACAGACCAAAUACAAUCUUGUGUCAAUGGUUUGCUCGCAUGGAGAUGAAUACGCUUGUGUUGCUUACGGAAACAAUAGAUGGGUCAGUUUCUUUCCUUCUGAGCAAGAGGCUAUAGGUGACUGGGAUAGUGUUAUCAGCACUUUUGUACGUCUGAAUAUGCGACCUGAGCUUCUAUUUUUUGAAAACGAUAUGCAGAGGAAGCAGAUUGUGAACGCCCAGAUAAAUACACCAAUCGAUGAGAAAAAUAGGAUAGUACAAAAAUAUCACUAGUGUCAUGUGGUGCUUCUUUGGAUGUUUAAAGAGAGAUUGGGUGUGCAAUUUUUUUUUCUUCACACCCUAUCCUGAUUGGUAUGAUGUCUCACUGAAUAAAAUAACUAUUU